UACAACAAUCUCUGACACCCAAAAAAAAGACUCACAACCCCAAAGACACAAGAAUAAAUCACCACCCAACAACAAAACAAAAUCACAUUCUUCACUUCCUCAUAGUAUCAAGGCCAAAACCCAUAUCUUUUCUUUUUUCUCCAAAAUGAAGACGAUCAUGGCAAGAACCCCACACGAGUCUUCCUUCUCUUUCUCCCGGCGGUACUUCCACUGGAAGAAAAACGACACCAACAACGAUGAAAACGACAACAACAACAACGAUGAAGAAGAAGUAGAGAUCCUCACCACCUUCAAUUCCUCCUCCCAUCACUUCUCCGACGACGACAAAGACUUACAAAACCACCUCAACUUCCCGGUGCCACAAAAGAACAAGAAAACGACAAACAAAAUCUCCAAACAGCUCCUCUCGGCUCUCUCCAUCUUCGGCCACCGAAAAUCCCACCACCACAGCCGCCACCACCACCGCCAUCUCGGGACCAAAGUCGUCGGAACCCUCUUCGGCCACCGGCGCGGCCACGUCCACUUUGCGUUCCAAGAGGAGGCCAAGCUCAGCCCGGCGUUCCUGAUCGAGCUCGCCAUGCCCACGAGCGUUCUGGUCCGGGAAAUGGCGUCGGGGCUGGUCAGAAUAGCGCUGGAGUGCGAGAAGAAAACGACGGCGAUAGCAACAGAGAAGAUGAAGCCGGUGAAGCUCAUCGAAGAGCCGGUUUGGAGGACUUACUGCAACGGGAAGAAGUGCGGGUUCGCUUCGAGAAUAGAGUGUGGGCCCGAGGAGUGGAAGGUCCUGAGGGCUGUGGGGCCCAUCUCCAUGGGUGCCGGAGUUUUGCCCGGGUGUGACAAUGGUGGUGGUGGGUUUGAAGGGGAGAUUAUGUAUAUGAGAGCAAGGUUUGAGAGAGUUGUUGGGUCCAAAGACUCGGAGGCGUUUUACAUGAUGAACCCUGAUGGGUCCGGUGGUCCGGAGCUUAGUAUUUACUUGCUUAGGGUCUAG